GUGAUCACUGGAGGUCAUUAUGAUGUUGACUGUCGGUUGGAAGAUCCUGAUGGCAUUGUAUUGUACAAAGAGAUGAAGAAACAGUAUGAUAGCUUCACGUUUACUGCAUCCAGAAAUGGAACAUACAAAUUCUGCUUCAGCAACGAAUUCUCUACUUUCACACACAAAACUGUGUACUUUGAUUUCCAGGUUGGAGAAGAUCCACCUCUGUUUCCUAGUGAGAACAGAGUAACUGCACUUACCCAGAUGGAGUCUGCGUGCGUUUCAAUUCAUGAAGCUUUGAAGUCUGUCAUCGAUUAUCAGACUCAUUUUCGCUUGAGGGAAGCGCAGGGCCGCAGCAGAGCAGAAGAUUUAAACACGAGGGUGGCCUACUGGUCAAUAGGGGAAGCAAUCAUUCUUCUUGUUGUUAGUAUUGGGCAGGUAUUUCUCCUCAAAAGCUUCUUCUCAGAUAAAAGAACCACAACAACCCGUGUUGGAUCAUAACUGGUAGUGGUAAUGCUUCAGGUCAUUGUGUGCUACUCAUCUGUAAAAAUUACUCUUCUCCAAUUAAUUGCAGGUACAAAGGAUCUGAACGUAUGCAACAUUCAAAUGUGUCUAGCCCUCAUCCCUUAAAAAUCACAAAACA